AAUAACACGUGCAUUUUUGACCGCUGCAUCUCGCGAAUCUAUUUUUUGCAACACGCAGCAUUUCCGUUUAGCUGCAGUAGUAAUUUUUUUGAGAUUCUGUUAACUUUUAAAUUGAAAAGGAGAACAAAGCCACAGUAAAUACACUUCAAAUCCGUGCUAAAUAUUUGAAUACAGAACAUAAAGUAAAUUAUUUCAAUGGCGCCCCGUGUCCCCACCCCUUUGUAGCGCAACAAACUCCAACAAAAGCAGAGUAAUAUUUAUCCCAUCUGGUGUUAAAGUGUGAUUUGUGAAUAAAAAUAUUAAAAGUAAAGUGAGGAUUAAGAAAAUAAUUGUCGAAAAAAUUUGUGAAAGUGUAAUCCGUUCGAAAUUUGUUUAGAAGAAAAUGUUGGAAAAUCGGGUGUUGCGCUACACUUUUUAUAGCCUGACUGCAGGCAUAUCGACAGUGUUGUUGUCAGAAAUUGUAUAUCGUGGCUAUUUGUACGUGCGCGAACGAUUGUGGCGUUGCGAUGCAUCUGACGACGAAGUGGCCGAAGUCAUCUGGACGAAUGAGCUGACACAAGGUUGUGCAGGUGGACACAUACUGAAAUCUCCAUCCGAGCGCAAGAGCCCUACGCAAGAGAGCCCUACAAGUGGCAUGGUCGAGAAUGGGCAUAUUGCCAAACUACCAGCUCCAACUGCAAGUGCAAGUCCUUCGUGUAAAAAUCGCUUUUGUGCUGCUAACAAUGUCGGCCGACUAAUUUCGUUAAUUGAUAAAUCUAAAUAUACCAUUGAUCUGGCCAUGUAUACGUUUACAUCCUACGAUCUGUCGCAGGCAUUUCUGCGAGCUAUUCGCAGAGGAGUGUCUGUGCGCAUCAUCAGUGACAACGAAAUGGUGUACUCCAGUGGCUCACAGAUUAUAGCAUUGACGAAGGCAG